AUGAUCUCCUGUGCCGCCAUUCAAAAACUUGAGCGCUAUGGCCAACUUGGCCAGAAGCGCCGCAGCGUCGAGGACUUUCUGCAGUCGUCGCUCAAGGACCCCAAACGUGGCAACGUGUACGCCCUGACGCACAUGCCGACGUGGAGGACCUGCUUGGCAGCCCUGACGCUGGACGACAGGCACCACCAGCAGCCGCAGCAGCAGCAGGAAGAGGAGGAGGGGGAGGCAGAAAAGAAGCAGCAGCGCGUCAGUAGCGAUGAGGAGGGCAAAAGGCAGGCGCAUGGGCCGGAGGGCCUUGAAGCGGCCUCUGUGGCCACACCGGCACCCAUACUUGUCAUCAGUGACUCCCUGCUGUACGCCGUCAGUUUCGCCACGGCGCUGGUGGCGCACCACUUGGACGAGCAGCGACACUCGACGGAAACGGCGGAGGAGAGGCAGAAGCAGAAACACACGAUUGGCGACGAUUCCGCGGCGUUGGUUGGCAAAGUCUUCCUCUCCCGGUUGGAGGAGGCAGAGGAGCUCCUGGGGUUGCUGCAGGCCGUCGCGGAGGCCUGCGGCCGCCACUUCCAUCAUCGCAGCGAGGGAUCGCCUGUCGUGACGCAGGCGCUGGCGCAUCUUCUUUCGGCAGCCGCCGACACCGUCCUGAUCGCCACCAUCCUGCGGGAGGCAGACGCAAGUAAUGUGGAGGCUGAAGGCGGCCCACUGCACGGUAUCUGCCGCAGUGCCACCGCCUUGGUGGCUGCUGCCGCGUCGCAGCUUCGCACGGCCCGGGCACGACAGCCAUUAAAUACACUGCAUGACGUUCGUCCUGCCCAACCCUGCUUCACCGGUUCCUCACAAAGACAAAAAGCAAGUCCCCAACAAGCACGACGACAGGCACGUCAGCGAGGGAAGCGGCAAACACAUGCGCCGCUGGUGUUAGCGUGCAAAAAGACAGGGACGCCAUUGUUACCGCACGGAUGGUUGCGUGGGCUGCCGUUGCACGGUGUGGUAGUUUAA